CUCGCCUUGUACGAGACUACAACGAGAAUUUGUCCUUAGUGAUAAAAUGGCGGAUAAACAACAUUUUUUACACUUUCAUCAAAUUAGGUUACACUGAAGUCUUUACACAUGCAACAAUGUUUUAUUGAUUAACAUUCUAAACAGUUAAAGUACAACAGCCCAACAUGACGUCCUCUUUAACUCGUUUCAUUAACAACUUCUCUGAAGAAGUUGAGAGUGAAGGAAACCUCAGCAAGAACAUCCUCCUCCUCAGAGAAAGAGCCAGAACAGAGGAGAAACAGAAGGCUGUAAAUUACUGGAAACUUUUACGUAACACCAUUCGUAAGGCAACACAAGCUGCUGUGGAAUCAGAUGUUAAACAAGUCAAUAUUUCACAUGGAAUGCACCACCAUAGAAAAAUUAAUCACCAGACAAAAUUAAAAUGUGUUAUCUUCAUAAAAGAAAGAAAGGAGUACUUGACUACUGAUGGUAAAGUGGUAGAAAUGUUUUUAGAGGAUGGACGUCGUAAACCAGAUAAGAACAUGUUUGCCCCUGAGGAACCAAUGGAUAAUAUAAUGUACUGUAGAGAGACUAAACAGUUCGUUGGAUGGAAGAAAGGAGAGGAUGAAUUAUUUUUGAUGAAUGAUGAGUUUGAGAUUAUUUCACAAGCCAGAGUACCCUCAAAGAUAGAUUUGGCCACUUACAACAACAGUACAGGGGAGAUAAUCACAUUCAGUCCAGGAUUUUGUGUGAGUUGGGCAUUCCGGUAUGGAGCCAGACAUCUUAUACCGAGGAAAAUGACUAAGACAAGAUUUAAAGAGGACAAAGAAACUAGAAAAUAUAUUCCCUUCAAACAUAUGAUACUGGAAGAUACAGCCAGUAGAGCACAGAAGUGUUAUGUCUCAUAUGUUAAUAGUGUUGUGAUAUUCAAUGUGUUUGAAGGUAAAGAAGUUGACCAAAGACUCCAUCUACAUGAAAGAGAAAUAUCAGCUUUAACAUACUUCAAUCCUCUAAAAUAUCUGAUAACAGCUGCUAUUGAUGGGUCAAUAAAAGUAUGGGACAGUAAAGAAUGGUUUCUACAGAUGGUAUUUGUAGGUCAUACUCAGUCAGUCACAUCAUUAGCAGUUUACCCAGAAGGCCCUGCAAUCAUGUCUUCCAGUAAAGAUAAGACUGUACGUGUCUGGAACUUAGAUUCCUGUGAUGAAAUGGACAGAGCCAAGGUGGAUGAGACACCGGAGGGUAUGGCUACAGAACUGAACUACGAUAAGUUUCUAACCUGGUCUGGGACACAUGUAGAUAUGUGGAAAAUACAACAUCUAUUUAACAUACACACUGCUAUAGGACAAAGAGUGGUCAGUAUCAAACACACCUCCCAUCCCUUUCAUCCCGUCAGAUCUGUAAUAGUCAGCCAUGACUGCAGUAUUAGGAUUGUGUCGCCACCUACUGGAGAUGUCAUAACUACUUUGUUAUUGGACUCUAAAAUUGGAGUAGUCGAUGCUGCCUAUUCUAUAGAAUAUGAUGAUUUGUUUGUUGUUACAAACAAUGGAGACAUUAUAAAGAGUAAAACAGAUACAAAUCCUUGUCGAAUUAUUAACACCUGGAAAUGUGAGAACCCAAAAGAGGCCUGUAACUAUUUACUAGUGUAUGAGUAUGUACCUGACUUUGAUACUGAUGUAUGGGCUGCAUUUAAACGAGGUCUAGCAACAAAAAGCAUCAAGAAAGAUGCUAGUGAUGAUGAGGAUGAGGAAGAAGAAGAAAAAGAAAAGAAAAAGUCCAAGAAAAGUCAUAAUAAGACUCUCCUGCUUGGAGGAAGGAAAGACGGAUCUAUUUGUGUAUUUGAUUGGAUUACAGGAAAAGUGACAUUUAAAGUUGAUGCUCAUGGAUCUAAAGGUGUAUUGAGUAUGAUUGCCAACUCUAAACAAGAUCUGGUUAUCUCUGCUGGCAUGGAUAACUUCAUUAAAGUUUGGAGGUUAUAUCCUUUUGCUGAGGAGGCAUUAGCUCCCUUAAUGGAGCCUCUGUUUUGUGCUCAGACUCCAAUACACAUGACCAUGCUGAAGACCAAUCUGUGUGUAGCAUUACAACAGCAGACGACAGCUACGUACUGUAUAGUCAUAUACAAUCUGAAGGACAGAACUCACCAGCAAGGGAAAGCUGACUUAAAAGCAACCGCUGAGGUUAUAAAUAAUCGAUUUGACCAUUCUCCAGAUGAGGACCACAAUGAUUCUAUAACGGGUCUAACAAGUUGUCCCAGGCUUAAGUUAUAUGCCUCUGGAGGUAUGGAUGGAACCAUACGUAUCUGGAAUGAUGAAAAUCAAUUAAUAAGGUUACUUAAGUUGAAGACUAUGCCAUACAGUCUAGGGUUCUGUAGUGAGAAGGGAGAUUUAUUGGUUGGCAUUGGAAACCACUUGUACCUUAUCCCUCAUCAACAUUACCUACCUAAAGGAUACAGAUUAAAGAUGGUUUCUAUGAAGUUUGCCCAACCAAAGAAAGAACAACCUUUACCAUUUGAUGCAUUGAAGCUAAAGACACUGUCAAAAAGAGACUUUACCAGAAUAAAAAAAUCACAUUCAUCAUUCAAAUAUGAUCAUUUUGAGGACAAACUUACUCCCGAGGAGGAGGAAGAGGUAACUAGAGAAAAGAAGAUAAAACAAGCAGCUUUUGCUGUGUUAUCAAAGAGAGAUUCUGAACUACAGAAAAUUAGAGAAGGUGAAUUUGCUGCCAAGAAACCAAAGCUGAUGACUCAGGAAGAACAAGAUAGAGCAUUUAAAAACUACAUGAAGAUGUUUUAUGACAAACCUAGAUUAACAAUUCCACCAGAUGACCCAUUUCCAUCUGAUACAGCCAGUGAUUAUCUGAGGAGAGGUGAAAUAGACGAAGUCAUGCAGUUAGAUGAAGAUGAACCAUGGAAGCCAGAAAGAGAACCAUCAGGAUUCUUUCCACCAUUGUCAAGAUCUAGUACAUUCAGGAAAUCACAGGGCACCCCACCAGAGCCACUGCAAGCUGCCUACGAGAGUGCUACAAGUAGUGCCGCUAAGAGUGGGCUUGUACCUAACUCUGUAUUAACCAAGAUACUAUGGCCCCCACCACCUCCUCCCCCUCCCAAGGAUACUUGGAAACUUCCGACGUUUGAGGACGGCAAGAUGGUGGUUCCAGAACCUGAGGAAGAGGAAGUAGAAGAACAACCGGCAGAAGAAGAAGAAACAGAAGACCAACAUUUAGAAUUCGUAAUCGACGACUGGGGAGAGAAAGAAAGUAUUAAAUCAGACAGUUCUGUCACUUCGCCAAAGUCUCCUAACAAACGUGAAGUAACAUUUAGUAAGAAGGACACAGUUCAUGAGUUUGACAAAGACAAGGAAUUAGCCACACCCACUACUGGUAGUCGUCAAUCAUCAGGACUGAUGUCAAAGUUCAAGGACAUUAUGUCUAAACCACCGUCUCAACAGGACGAUGAUGAUGCCUCUACAAUCACACUCACACCAAGAUCUCCAACAGAGAUGGCAGAGGCGAUCAGAUCUAAAGAAUCAUCCUUUAAUAAACCGCCAUCACCACCAAAAGAUCCUAAACCAGUUGUUAAACCACCGUCAAGAAGGGAAGUUAAACCACUUAAACCAUUGACACUUCCACCACCACAACCAAAGGUUGAGAGAGCUAAAUCUCCAGCGCCAUUGGUCAAACCAUCCGCUCCACGACAACGCACACCUACACCACCUAGACCAGAAACACCGCUGCCGAAUUAUGUCACUCAAUUCCAGGGGGCUGAUUGGUUUGAUAAAUACUUCCCCAAUUGUAAUGAAAAUACUUUCCCUAAACCUUGGAAUGCUGACACCUUCAUGACAAUGUUAAGUAGACUGUUACGAGUGGCAGAGUACAUAUUCAAAACCAAGAUCACAGAUUCUCUGUCCAUGUUAUAUACACAGGAGAACAUAUCUGACCCCACUGCACAUUCUGUUAGUAAGACAAUUAUCUCAGUGUUAAAUAGUCCUAAGGAUCCACCAACAUGUCUCGUUGAGGAUCAGAAGUCAUUUAUAGUGGCAGCAUUACAAGCUCUCAGUAAACUUGGUAUUAGGGAUAAAGAUUUUAUCACAGAAAUGAUGGUGCAAUUCCUGGAUGGAGAUAAAGAAGUCAGAGCAACAACUAUGGACAUGUUAAAUUCUUGUGGCUUACAAGAUCAACAAAAAUAUUUUAUCAAAGAAUUAGAUUCCUGGGAUAUAUGGAAUGUGGAAGAGGCUGAUCGUAAAGCAGACUUACGAAAAAUGGUGCAUUCUUGGCUAGACAGGUGGAUGACGUCAUACAAACUUCAUUUAGAAGAUACAAUAGAGAGAAUGAAGAAAGGACAAAAUAUUCAUGGAAAGUUAAAUCGGGGUAGUAAGGGUAUUCUUAGAAAGGGUAGUACAGAUACAGUCACUACUAUACCUGACAGGGCAAGCAUAACUGUAACCUUUGAUCAGCCCCCUGAUCAGUCCAUAGUAGAUAGUGCUACCUAUAUAGAUUGUAUUAACUACUUUGUGGAAAUGAUGAUGGACAAGGCUUUAGAUGGACUCAGAAAAGGAGGAAAGAGGCCCCCUGGUGCUCAAGAAAAUGUUGUACAGGCUAAGAAUACAGUACUGGUGCUACCUAAAUUACCUCACAAACCAGCUUUAGUAAGACUGGGUGAGACACAUACAAGUCAGUGCAGACCACACAGGGAAACUAAUUUACAUAUAGACUAUCGAUACCCUUCAACAACAAACAGAGGUUAUCAGCCACCACCUGGAUCCCUGUCAGGGUUUGCACCCAGCAUAAAUUUACCAAUGAAACCAGUUUACAUUAACCCAUUCCCAUGUGAGGUAGAUAUGUAUGACACUCGAUUCCAGGAACCAAUACUCAUUACACUCAAAUCUGCACAGAAAUACUUUGUACCAGCACAGUCAAUAGUGGCAGACAUGUUUGAAACAGCCAUCCCUCCAGCACGAUGAUUGUAAGAUAGAUGGCGCUGCAUGAUGAUCACAUGACUUGGUUUGUCCGUCAGUCACCAGUGUGCAUUGUUUCUCACAGAGACAAGUUAUUGGUUAUACUUCUGUAAAUAGCCAUUAAGGAUUCAAAAUAUAGUGGAUGUGAGUACUGAUCCACUAGGAAGAUAUGUUCCUAUUGGUGAAUUGGAAAUUGAAAUAAAUUGAUAUAUUUUAUUUGAAGCCGAGCUGUAGUAAUUCAAGGGAUCAUAUCUAAAUAUUCUGCAUACCGAUAAAUCUUGUAGAAACAAAAAGCCAUCAGAGAUAAAUUUAUGGGUUCUUUUGUGUUUUCUUUCUUGAAGUACUUGAAGCAUGGCACAAUAUUUAUGAGUUAAAAAUAGAAGUAACUUCCCACAUGUUGCUAUCUGUAAUUUCUUCAAAAAGUGAAAUUAAAGUCAUUGUUAACUAUGUCUAGCUAUGAUUGAUAUCUCAGAAAUGAUUACAUGUAAAAGAUAUAAACCAAUUAUUAUAAAUAUGAUAUGUUUUCAAUUUAACUUGCAUUUGAUAAGCCAAUGUUCAACUGAUCAUAUAUAGUUAAUUACUACAACUUGAGCUUUAACAAUAAGGAAGUGGUAAAACUGCUGAAGACAACAAAUAUAUGCCCACAUUCAACUAAACAAGCAAAUCUGUGAUAUGGAUUUUUAUUAAAAUAUAUUUUUAAGAUUGUUUAUGCAAAUAUGAAUUUUUAGAUUGUAUAUGCAAAUAUGUUUUUUUUUACCAUACAUGUCCUUUAAUUUAAUAGAAUCAACUGUGAUAGUGUUGUGAUUUUUAUACAUAGUUUGAACACAGUGGUCAUCCUUAUAAAAAGGGUUUGUUUGUAUUGAUUCCUGGGGAAUUCAGGUUGGUACAGAUUUUGUUAUAAGUAAUCACUAUUGCUACAUUCCUUUUUCAUUUCUAAAAGCAUGAAGGAUGUGUAUUACUUUUAAAAGCAACAAAAUCAAUUAUAACAAUUAUGCUUUUAAUUAUUUCUUUUACAUUUUUAAUAAAAAGUAUUUUUUCAAAGACAGAAAAAACAAUCUGUUGUCAGAUAUAUUUUAAUUCUGGUUGAGAAUAAAUUGUACCAUUUUAUGUUUUAUAUGAUAAAAUAUUGGAGUUUAUUGAAUGGAGACAUUAAACUGAAAUGUAUUUUAUAUAUUAUGUACAAGAUAAUGAGGAAAAUCGUCAUGAAUAAAUUCAGUAAAUUCAGAUAUUAGACCAAAAUAAAGAUCUGUUAAUUGACAUGUAAUAUUAGUCACAUCCUGGAAAUUGGUGUAUUUUCCCAUUGAAGUAAGAUGUGGUAUGAUUGACAAUGAUACAACUCACCACCAGAGAUCAAAUGAUACAGGAAAUGACUUUUAUUAUUAUAAGAUUGUAUACUGUAACAUUUAUAUAAAAGAAAUAGAACAUUAUUACGUACAACAAAGGUUGAUAUUAAACCCUGAGAGGACACACCCCUCUUUUCCUUUGUUCAGUUAUUUUUCUUGGAAUUAGGAAACCUUGACAUGACAGUCAGUAUUUAACUAACUUAAUUGUAUUUUGUUUCAUCACCAUUAAAUCAUUGGAUGCAGCUCUAUAUAUAUGUUAUGAUGUAUGAUUAAAAAGACUGGAAAUAAAAAGAAGGCACUGCUUGUCUACAAUAUAUCAGUUGGUUUGAUAGCAACAAAGUUACAGUUCAGACAUAAUAAUCAUAAAUUGCAUUUAAAAAGAAUUUGAUGAAUAAGAAUUGAGUUAAAACAUUAUUAAGGUUUUAAACUGUUUAUAUUAUAUGUAAUAUUUUAUGUUGUUAACAUUUUGUUAAGGAAUCAUUCUGUUUACAUUGAUUGAAAUAAAAUUGUUGAAUGUG